AAAUGGACAUAUUAACAAGUAGUAAAGUACAUCGCAUUCACUAUUUUACGGCAUUUUUACUCAUUAUGAAUAUCAAUGUAGUCCAAUAGUACCAGCUAAGACUUCCAAGACCUCAACUGUUUAUGUUCACUGUUUCCUGGCCGCGGUCGAUGGCGUCCUAACUGCCUCUUGACACGAAUAAGAAGAUGUAGCAGGAGGGAUCGGCGUUGCCAGCUCCAGCGCUGUCUUUAGCGAGUACUCCAACCAAGUGUUUGUAUUUGUGAGCGUGGUAGUUUUGCUGUUCAUGUGCUUUUUGAAGCAUUCUCCGCUACGAUACGCAAGGACACGCAAUGGCGAGAAGCCAUGCAGUUGCAACGUGUGUGAGGAAAGGUUCUCUUCCAAGUACCAAAUGAACAAACGUGUGUUGGUGAGAGCAACAAAAAAACAACUCUCGUUGCAGAAAAAAACGACAAUUCUAAAAAGUCAAAAUGUUAUGAAAUGAAAAUAAUAAUUUACGUAAAUCCUGUUUGUGAUGUUAAGUAAGCUGUACUGUAAUGCUGGUGGUUGCAUAGGAUGCUUACGCAGGACAGCAUUCUGCCACUAAGUGUCACUGCAGCUUGUGCAUUAGCAACGCAGCACAAAGUCUUGAUUGCUAAUAUCCUUAGUCUGCUUCUCUUUUGUCUUUAUUUGUAGAAGACACUUGCAGCCACAUAAACGCUGCAAGAACUUGUAAGAAGUAAGGACGUACAACCGGAGAACAUGGCUCAAUGUAGUAACAAGGUCGCUCCGGAAGAUGGCAGCAAUGUUACGUCAUGGAGUCCUCGUCCUUCAAACGCAGUCGAAGAAGAGAAAAGCGGACGUUCGGAAGAAGUAGCUAAGUGUUGAAUGUUUGUCAGCGCAUUAAUUGUCGCGUUUCUUCAGCAUUCGACCCAUAUUUAAUAGCAUAUUACGUUUCAGUCGUCGUGGCAACAUGUAGUCUCGUCUCGGUUGACUUUGACGUUGUCUCCCGCUAGCUUAGCUUGCUAGCUGCUAACAAAGAAGACUCUGAAGUUAGCAACGCAUGCUAAGUGUUGUUAUCACACAAAGUCUGAGAUCGUUGGUGAAUGAACGACUCGUUCCUGCUGUUGUAGAAAUAUUUGUCGUGUUAGAAAGAAGAGUAGCAGAUUACGUGGAGGAACUUUUACGAACAAAAGGAGAAGGGGCGACAACAUCAACUACUGGACGCUGCUUUAAACCUUCAAAUGGAGCCACGCCGAGCAGACAUCGGCGAAGAAGAUCUAACCCCCGAGCAGCAGGAGUGGAGCUCCAGGGUGGCGCGGGGCGGAGCACAGCCCCGCCACAUUAAGGAGGAAGAGGAGGAGCACAGUAUCGGUCAGGAGGAGGAGCAGCUUGAAGGGCUGGAGGAGUUCCCCGUCAUCCGCGUGAUUGUGAAGGGUGAAGACGACGAAGGGGAAGCUCGGUGGUCACAGCUCGAUCACAGUCAAAGCGAGGAGAAGAAAAGCCCGGAAGCAGACAGCCUCCUGGCUCCGCUGUCAGACAGCGAUGACACGACGUCGCCCUCUCCCGCCACAGAAGAUGAAGACUCUAAAGCCGACACGACACGUCACACUUACAGCAAACAUUUGAAAUGCUCUCAAUGCGACAAAACCUUUGACAAGGUGACGCGUUUAAAGUCGCACAUGAGAUGUCACAAAGGGGAAGAAAUCUUCAUCUGCCCCUUUUGUGGCAAGAGCUUUGGUGUGCAGGAACAUUUGAUCAGUCACAUGAUGAUCCACACCGGAGAGAAGCCUUUCAUUUGUUCCAUCUGUGGCGGGAGUUUCGCUCUGAAAAACACUUUGAUCAUACACAUGCGAACGCACAGCGGCGAGAAGCCCUUCACUUGCUCGGUUUGCGGCGAAAGAUUCUCCCAGAAAGUCAACUUAACGACGCACAUGAGAACGCACACGGGAGAGAAACCCUUCACCUGCUCGGUGUGCGGGGAGAAUUUCUCUCAAAAAGGAAAUUUGAUGAAACACAUGAGAACGCACACUGGCGAGAAACCGUUUCCCUGUUCCGUUUGUGGCGAAAAAUUCUCCCAGAAAGGAAAUUUGAUUAUACACAUGAGAACGCACACGGGUGAGAAACCUUUUCCCUGCUCGGUUUGUGGCAAAACCUUCUCCCUGAAAGGCAGCUUGAUGAAACACACGAGGACGCACACGGGAGAGAAACCGUUUUCUUGUUCCGUCUGUGGUGAGAAAUUUGCCCAAAAGGGAAAUUUAAACAUACACGCAAGGAAACACACCGGCGAGAAACCGUUCAGCUGCAGCGUGUGUGACGAAAGGUUCUUUCAGAAGGUCCAGCUGAACAAACACAAGUGCGCUGGUGAGAAGAGCAGCACCACGUGAACUAACUUUACAGCAACGUCACGCACUUGCUGCAUCUCCAGUGGUCCGUGCGACAACAGCGAGGGUGGAUUUGUCCUUACACUUUUAUUGUCACGCUAGACAUGUGUAACCAACACUUAAUAAUCACACGAACACGUCUUCCUUCUUGUAAACCGCUACUUGUGAUGU